AUGAAUAACGCCUCGUAUCCAAGACAACGAUAUAUCUAUGGCAACAAGAACGUGAUUAAGGAAACAAGAUUACUAAGACGACAAAAUAACCUAGAAGAAAAGAUAUCCAGGACAAACAGAUAUGUUACAGAAACAGAUAUCCAAGACAACAAGAUUUCUAAGAUACAAGGUAGUGAAGACAAUACGAUUCCUAAGACAACACCAUCACUAAGACAAGGAGAGAACCAGCACGACGACCAACCCCCGAUGAAAUCUGGAAUGAAAAAAACGCACGGCUAUCCUACGUGGAAAAAUGAGCUCGUUUCAACGGUACUAUUUUCGAUCCAUAGAAAUGAAAAGUCAUUGACUUAUUUGGGUUUCAAAGUCAUAAACUAUGUACACUACAUUAUUUCUCAGCCUACGCCUACCAAAGCCAAUACUGCCUGCCCAUAG